GGCAGAACUAUUGGGAAGAGACGCACCACCAUUGCACCCCAAUGUGUUCAAUCACAGUCAAAGCCUCAUAUUAUGGACCCUCUAUCUGCUUAAUCUGUUUUAGAAUUGAAGAAAUUUCUGAGGAUGAUGUCUUGGCUGUCUCAUGGAGAAGCACACCAGAAUUAUUAUAUCUGGAGUACACAAUUUCAAUAUUGUCAAAAUCUUGCUAAAGAACAGGAGGAAGAUAUCAUCUGUGAUUUGCGUUCUAUUCCCACUGAAGAAGAAAUCAUUCUUAAAACUCUAAAUUCAGCAAUGCAUGAAUUUGAGGCACCUUCAACUCAAGAUCUAGAAAAGAAUGUUGAAGUAAAUCUUGAACAUGACAGAUAAGGACCUUCUGAUGAUCGAAUUGAUGCAACACCUUUUGAAUAAGAGAAAGUGGUAGAGAAAAUUGGUGUUACUUUUGUUGCAGUGUUGCUACAGAGGAAAUCAAAUCAGCUGCUGCUGAGGAUGAAGUUGUCAAAGGGCUAGAAGCUCCUUCCUCAGUACAAGCGGAGAAGAAAAGAGAUAUAAAGAAGAGGUCCCUGCCUUACAAAAAAACUGUUUCUUUAAAGGAAAUCCAAACAAAAGUUUCCUUUGAAAGACGCUUAAGCAUCCUCUGCACCAUCUCAGCAGAAGUCCAAGAAAUGCUCUAGUGCUGCAACCACCACUUCACCAAUUGUUAGGAAGAAGGCUCUAAUUAAAUCUGCCAACAGUUCAGGGAAGUCCUCUCGUACUUACUUCAUAUCCUCUAGUGCAUCAGAUUUUAUGCCAUUUGUUUCAAAGAAAAACAUCCUUCCUCAAAGAAACAUUGAUAUUAAAGAUUUUGAGUCAAAGAUGAACCUACUUGGUGUGAUAAGAAGUAGAUGUUAGUACACGUGCGAUCUAUGAUAUGAAGCUUUCCUAAAGUUUAGUACACUGCUGAUCUAGAAUAGGGUUGCAAGCACGUGGAGAAGAUCAUGAAGAAGUGUAGCAAGCCAUGAAAAGAGCUCAGACAGAGUUUGAGUCAGAAGCUUUAGAAGAGGCGUUCUUUUGUAAUUAACUAGUGCAAUCUUUUCAAAAGUUUAUUGGAGGGCUUUUACACAGACGUGGGCUUAGCCCCGCGAAGUAGUAGGUUUUCUUUGAACUGCGUAAAUAAUUCUCUGUGCACUGCUUACCGCUUUUGUUUAUAUAUGAGUGUGCAUUACUAUGAAGGUGUUGUAGCACUGUGUCAUCUUUGUUCUGAAUUACAACUGAAGGCUCAACUAUUGGAACAUUUUGAUAGAAACAACUACGCCAAACUUGCUACAUGCUUUGAGGACAUAUUGCAAAAAGAUCCCACAUGUGAGUAUUCAUUGGGAAGGCUCGUUUGCUUGUAUCAAAAAGGGGACUAUAGCACUGAAAAAUUGGUGGAAAAGAUAGCCUCAAACUUAGAUGCUACUUGUGCUAAGUGCAACAUAUGGAGGGAGUUUGCGUCUCUCUUGCUGAAGCUUUCUCAAAUUGAAGGAGACUGUGUAUCUGUCUGCGCUGAUGAUGAUGAUGGACCGAAGCAACAACCAUCUGAGUUCGUUAGUAGUCGUGUCCCAGAAAUUUUCAUUGCACCUGGAUCAGGAGAAUCAUGGAGGCUUCGUUGCAGAUGGUGGCUUACACGCCACUUCAGCAAGAGCAUACUUGUGUCUGAUAUUGCUUCAGGCGACCUGGAGCUCCUCACUUACAAGGCAGCAGCCUCGUGUCAUCUUUAUGGGCGAGAGUUUGGAUAUGUGGUACAGGUUAGUGAGUUCUUGAAGAAUACAAAUAAUACGGACAUGUUGUUUAUACUAAAUAGGCAUGUCCACAACUCUGCUGGGUUUUAUUUGAAUUUAGACAGGAAGAUGCUAUAAAAUCUUGUUUCAGCCACAGGCGUCCUUAUUUAUUCAGCAUUUACAUCAUAUUAGGUCAGGAAAGAAAUUCAUGUAAAUUUUAAGUUUGCCUGCUUAACCAAGAACCUUAUUUGCCACUUUACAUAUAAUGCAAAUUGGUAAUGAGCAUUUUGACGAGAAAUAUGUUCGUUUUUUUUUUGCAAUAGCAUCUUGGAGAAAAACUUUUUUUUUGAGGGGUAAUAUGCUCCUUUAGAUGUUUACUAAUCCGGCAUUUUAAAAUAUUGAUGUAAAAAAGAAUAACAACAUUGACUGGAG